UUCAGUUAUUAAUGACCGCUGAACAGGCAGCACCAUGUCAGUGUGACAACUGAUCGGCUGAACGAUGCACCACUAACCACCAUGGAAACAAGGAGAAAUAAAGCCAGUUUGCAAGAUCUCUCUUCACUGGAUUGAGAGCCUCAGCCUUCCGGCUGAGAGAAAGAGUUCCGGAAAAAAAAGGAGGAAUUCUAGCUGCAGCCUCCUGCCUUCCUUUAUAUUUCAGAAUACAGAAAUAAGAUUGCUUGCAUAUGUGCAUAUCUGUAGUACCUAUUUGUGUAUACUUUAUCACACACACAAACACACACACACACACACACACACACACACCUAUUUACACCCAGGCAAGAACACAACCAUGUUAUUAUUUCAACUAAGAAACUGAGGAACCCAGCACGCAGAGACACAGGGGAUGAUGGUUCAGAAACUGCUUUUCCAAGCAUCAUGCUGCCAUUCCUGAAAGUACUGAACAAGCAUGGGAUUUUAAUAUUAUACUCCUAAAUAAAUGAAUUACUCAAUCUCCUGUGACCAUCUAUACAUACCCCAUCUUCACAAAGUAUAUCAAUAUUAUACUAUCAAGGAGACAGUGAGUUUCUUUUCUCCAAUAUGCAUGACAUUUUUGCACAAUGCAACUGUGACACUGACACUUAUUUACAUGAAGAAAUACUUUAUGGUUCUACGGCAUUUAUCAUUUGACAACUGCAAGUAUUUUCCUUAUCAAUCAGCUCCUACUGAACAUACUAGCAGUGACUGUGGAAUCCUUAAGGGCCCAUUAAAUUUCUGAAGAAGAAAGCUAAGAUGAAGGACAUACCACUCAGAAUUCAUGUGCUACUUGGCCUAGCUAUCACUACACUAGUACAAGCUGUAGAUAAAAAAGUGGAUUGCCCACAAUUAUGUACAUGUGAAAUCAGACCUUGGUUCACACCCAGAUCCGUCUAUAUGGAGGCAUCUACAGUGGACUGUAAUGAUUUAGGUCUUUUAAAUUUCCCUGCAAGAUUACCUGCUGACACACAGAUUCUGCUCUUACAGACUAACAAUAUUGCAAAAAUUGAAUAUUUCAUAGACUUUCCAGUAAACCUUACUGGCCUGGAUUUAUCUCAAAACAAUUUAUCAUCACUUACCAAUAUUAAUGUAAAAAAGAUGCCUCAGCUCCUUUCUGUAUACCUAGAAGAAAACAAACUUACUGAGCUACCUGAAAAAUGUCUGUCUGGACUAAACAAUUUGCAAGAACUUUAUAUUAAUCACAACUUGCUGUCUAAAAUUUCACCUGGAGCCUUUACUGGCCUACAUAAUCUCCUACGGCUUCAUCUCAAUUCAAAUAGACUACAGAUGAUCAACAGUCAGUGGUUUGAUGCUCUUCCAAAUCUGGAGAUUCUGAUGAUUGGGGAAAAUCCAAUCAUCAGAAUCAAAGAUAUGGACUUUAAGCCACUUUUCAAUCUUCGCAGCCUGGUGAUAGCUGGUAUAAACCUCACGGAAAUACCAGAUGAUGCCUUGGUUGGGCUUGAAAAUUUAGAAAGCAUCUCUUUUUAUGACAACAGGCUUAUUAAAGUGCCCCAUGUUGCUCUUCAAAAAGUUGUCAACCUCAAAUUUUUAGAUCUAAAUAAAAAUCCUAUUAAUAGAAUACGAAGGGGUGAUUUCAGCAAUAUGCUACAUUUAAAAGAGUUGGGCAUAAAUAAUAUGCCUGAACUGAUUUCCAUCGACAGCCUGGCUGUGGAUAACUUGCCAGAUUUAAGAAAAAUAGAAGCUACUAACAACCCCAGGUUGUCUUACAUUCACCCAAAUGCAUUUUUCAGACUACCUAAGCUGGAAUCACUCAUGCUUAACAGCAAUGCCCUUAGUGCCCUGUACCAUGGUACAAUCGAGUCUCUGCCAAACCUCAAGGAAAUCAGCAUACACAGCAAUCCCAUCAGGUGUGACUGUGUGAUCCGCUGGAUUAAUAUGAACAAAACCAACAUUCGAUUUAUGGAGCCAGAGUCUCUGUUUUGUGUGGACCCACCUGAAUUCCAAGGCCAGAAUGUUCGACAAGUGCAUUUCAGGGAAAUGAUGGAGAUCUGCCUCCCUCUUAUAGCUCCUGAGAGCUUUCCUUCUAAUCUGGAUUUGGAAGUUGGGAGCUAUGUUUCCUUACACUGUAGAGCUACUGCAGAGCCACAGCCUGAAAUCUACUGGAUCACACCUUCUGGCCAAAAACUCUUGCCUAAUACUCUGACAGACAAGUUCUAUGUCCAUUCUGAAGGCACACUAGAUAUAAGUGGCAUGACCCCAAAAGAAGAGGGUUUGUAUACUUGCAUAGCAACUAACCUAGUUGGUGCUGAUUUGAAGUCUGUUAUGAUCAAAGUGGAUGGUUCUUUGCCCCAGGAUGACAAUGGAUCUUUGAAUAUUAAAAUAAAAGAUAUUCAGGCCAGUUCAGUUCUGGUGUCUUGGAAAGCAAGUUCUAAAAUUCUAAAGUCCAGUGUUAAGUGGACAGCCUUUGUCAAGACUGAAAAUCCCCACGUUGCCCAAAGUGCUCGAAUACCAUCCAAUGUCAAGGUAUAUAAUCUUACUCAUUUGAACCCAUCAACUGAGUACAAAAUUUGUGUUGAUGUCCCCACCAUUUAUCAGAUAAACAGAAAACAAUGUGUGAAUGUCACCACAAAAGAUUUGGAUCCUGAUCGAAAAGAAUAUGAAAAGAAUAACACUACAACAUUUAUUGCCUGCCUUGGAGGCCUUCUGGGGAUUAUUGGUGUGGUAUGUCUUUUCAGCUGUCUCUCUCAAGAGAUGAACUAUGAUGGUGGACACAGCUAUGUGAGGAAUUAUUUACAGAAACCAACCUCUGUGUUCAGUGAGCUUUAUCCUCCUCCAAUCAAUCUCUGGGAAGCAGGCAAAGAAAAAAGUACAGAAUUGGAAGUGAAAGCAACUGUUAUAGCUGUGCCAACAAAUACGUCCUAAAAACAACCAACUAAACCUACUUCAAAGAAAAGCUCAAGGCUGCAGUUGUGCGAAGUAAAAGGCAGAGAAAUAUUUCUUUCUGGAAAGAAGUUUGGGCUUCAUGAAUGCUACUCCUGACCAAUGGAAAUAAUGUACAAGUUCAACAUUCAGCAUUUUAAUUCACUGGUUUCAAAGGGUACUGUGGCAACCAAAAAAACAAACAAACAAUUUUCUAGACCUUUCAUGUAACUUUUCUGUCUGGAAUACAGUUAAAGUGGACAAAAAAAGUUUCUGUAUUUUUUUUUUAAGUAUGUAAGAGUAGCUGAACUGAGCAAUACCUCCUCCUGUGUUGUAUUACACAUAUUAGCCACGAGUUUUUGCGGUGACCAGAUAAACUUGAAUUGACACAUGGUGUAAUAAAAUGGACAAAUACUGUAGAAUAGACACAGUGAGUAUGUGGACCUCUUUUAUAAGGAAAAAAAUACAUUUUGGAUUAAAAUCAAUUGAUUUUGUCUUGUUUUUGUUUCUAAAUAAAGAAUAAUUUCUGGGAAAUGUCAUCUGACCAGAUAUCAUUUAAAUGAUAAAGGUUUUAAAAAGUGUUUUUCUAUAAUGAAAUUUGGAACACUGAGAGUAUAUCUUUAUUGGGUUAUGUAAGUACAUUUUUGUAAUGCACAAAAUGG